AGAACUAUUGUGUAGAGGUUAUGGAAUUGUUUAUUUUUGUUAUAAUUUCUACUCAGUUUUGAAUUUGUCCAAGUCACUGUUAUCGUGUCGUUAAGUGUAUUGAAAUUUUCAGUAUUUAUUUAUUAAAUAUUUAUUACUGUUUUUAAUUUUUCAAAUGGAUGAGAAGUGUAAAAGCAAACUAUUUUCUGAUGCAUAUGAGGGAAAAGUUGACGAUAUUAUUCAAUUUAUAGAAAAAGACAAGUCAAUAUUAACAGCUCAAGAUUCAAGUGACCGUUUACUGAUACACUGGGCAGCACUCGGAGGACACACAGACCUUGUGAGUCACUUGCUCAGUUCGGGUUCACCCGUCGACCCUCAGGAUGACAUGCACAUGACACCUCUGAUUCUGGCGUCGUCUGCAGGACGUGUCGAUGUCGUCAGACAACUGGUGGGCGCUGGAGCGAGUGUCAACUCUCGCAAUGUUCAAGGUCACUCAUCUCUCCAGUAUGCUGCCUCUAAGGGAUGGAAAGAUAUAGUGAAGCUGCUCCUAGACGAGGGUGCUGAAGUAAAUAUCGCAGAUGUACGAGGGGCGAGACCUCUUCACAGGGCGAGUUCUGUCGGUCACCUCCCAGUCGUCGCCAUGCUGCUGGCACAGAAAUCUGUGGAUGUCAAUGCAAGAGACGCCGACGGCAACACACCCCUCCACCUGAGCUGUGAGGAGGACCGGGGCGAGGUGGCUCAGCUGUUGGUGGAGCGAGGGGCGCAGCUAGAUGCUCUCAACAAAGAGAAACAAACACCUCUAGACCUGGCCAGUACGGCUCUGGCCAAGCUGCUCAGAUCUCUUGUGGAGAAAGUGUAACACCCUUGUUCAUCCUUUGAUUUCAGUGUGUAAGUUCAAUUAUUUUUAUGCAAAUAAUAAAUAUUUCUUUUUUAA